CCGAGGUACCCGCUCGUCUUGUGCCACGGCUUCUCUGGGUUUGACCAGAUGCUGCAGCUGCCUGGGAAGUACCUGAUCGAGUACUGGAACGGGGUGAAGAGCAACCUUGAGGCGCACGGGUGUACCGUGCUAGUCGCCAAGGUGCCUCCCUUCGAGUCGAUCGAGCACCGGGCCUCGAUGCUAGACAAGUUCAUCCGGAAGUCUGUGCCGCAGAUCCGCCUCCGACACCACAUCCCGAAAGAUGAGCCCGUCAAGCUGAACCUCGUUGCACACUCGAUGGGUGGCUUGGACUGCAGGUACCUUAUCUUCCAGCAGCAGAACUCCGCGGAGCCCCGGCCGCCCUACAAGAUUAUGUCCUUGACAACCAUCUCCACGCCGCACAGAGGGACGUCGGCUGCAGACUUCGCCCUACGCUACUUCCCGGCCUCCCUCAUCCGCAGCAACUUUCCCUCCAUAUUCCAGCUCUCUACGAAGUACGCCGGCAAGUUCAACUCCGUCGUCACAAAUGACCCCACUGUGAAGUACUUCAGCUACGGCGCACAAAUGCACCCUUACCCAGGAUCGAUCUUUCUUGCAUCGUGGAAAAUCAUAAGUGACAGGGAAGGCCCCAACGACGGGAUGGUCAGUCUCAAAUCCUGCCAGUGGGGCCACUUCGUGGGCUAUUUGGAUGAUGUCGACCACGCCGACCUGAUCAACUGGAUGGGCUUGGUGAAGAAGACGAAAAUGGCCUUGGGAAUACCCAACUUCAACCCCAAGUAUUUCUAUCUCGAAAUCGCUGACAAUUUGGCUAAAAACGGACUC